AGGUGACAAUCGAUAUUUCGGUUAUCUGCUCGUCUUGUCUGGACUUCCCUUACACGUGAUCUCCAGUGAAAGUCAAACUCGGCGGUUCGCAGUCAUCCUGCCUGGAUUCUGACCUCCUAGUAACGCAGUAAGGUGUACAGGAUGUUGAAUACAAGUUAAGCAUCUCUUUAAGUAUUUCCGCCAUGUUCCGCUGGAGAAGCCCCUUCCGUUUCUCACUGCGACUGUUUCAGACUCAUAAUGUAAAAGCGGAGUCGUUACUGGACCAGUUAAAGUCAUGCACCACAGAAUACCAGGUCUUCCAGCUGCUUGGCAUGAACAGAUCCGCACUCACCGUACAUCACGUGGGCUCCGCAGUCAAUCUGCUUUGGUAUUUUCAGGAAGGGAAACCAGAAAAUUCUAGAACUUUUGGCCAAGUUCGAGAUCAUCCAGAAUUUAUUGUACUUCGCACUUUAGCACAGAACAAACUAGAUCUUCUAGAUGACAAGGAACUGGUGGAUAUUUUAUACAACGUAAUAAGGUUUCAGGUGGAGACCCACGAUUCACUAAUACAGCAGCUGGUAGUAGAAGGCUGGAGGAGAUUGGAAAGGCUUGAUCUUCCAACAUUAUCGAAGUUUGCAGUAUGCUUGAAAAAACAAGAUCUGAGCACUAGUCCACUUAUGGGACAGAUAGCCGACAUUGUGAACAAGAAUUUGGAAGAUACAGAUGAUCCUGUGACACUGUCCUCGCUCCUGGUCUGCCUGCAAGCAGCGAGCUCACCAAUCCUGCAGGAACGACUGAUGGAAAAGACAGAAUCCGUCCUCCACACGUUGGAUCUGUCCGGUGUCAGACAUGCCUUCAGGGUGAUGAGACUUUUCUACAAAUAUAAGUUUACUUAUGUCUCUCUGCUGGAGAAAUAUGACAAGUUCUUUAAAGAGUGUAUAGAUACAAUGGAUGCCAAAAACCUAUCCAGUCUUACUAGCUUGUACCAACACCUGCGAUUAAAAGAAUCGGACUUCCCUAUGAUGGCAAAGCCAAGACUUGUGGAAAUGAUGAAAACCUGUGAUGACCCUGAGACUUUUGUAGAUCUGUUUGAUGCUUUAAGUAGAAUGGAUUCUUGUCGUGUAGUCAGACUUGAAGAAAAGUUGCUGACCAUCAUUGAUGAGAUGAAUCUGAGCCAGCUACUUGUUGUCCUGAAGGCAAUGGUAGAAACGGAAUGCAAAAAUAGUGCGCUCAUCCAAAAAACUUUCUUCCUCUUGCAGAAGCAUCUGGAUGUCUGCAAACCCAUACAACUAUUUUAUAUAAGUGAGGCCUUGGUGCACCUGCCGUACCAGAAUGCCAAGCUAUUAAAAGAUCUACAAAGGAAUCUUCAGAGGGACUUAAUUGCCAAUUUCGUACCAUCUGAAGUGGCAACUAUGGCCAAAACACUUUCUCUGUUGAACCCAAACCAAGUGGAUGAAGCUGUCCUUUCUAAAAUUGAUGCUAUAAUCCAGCAAUGCAAUUUACCAAGCAUGGAAAAGAUAGCGGUCCUGCUCAUGCAGUUGUCCAAAACCCAACGUGCAUUUGGGAACCACCAUAAUACUUACAGGGAACUCCUCCAAAAACUGAACAGCCGUGCACUAGAGAGGAUCCAGCAGGUGGACAACAUUGAUCUCCUCCUAGAUGAGUUCAUACAGGUCAAGAGCCGACAGUGGAUGAAUGAAGAAUGUAUAGAGGGAUUUUUGGAUACCUGCCAGAACUUGAGGCAUAAAGUCACCUGGAGGAACGUCACAAAACUUUCUAUACUUUUAAUGCACAUGAACAAUGCACGAGUCCCACUACUACACACGGUAGCAACAGUGACCAUGGAAAAUAUUUCAAAGAUGCAUUCAUCCUGUAUCCUUAUGGUACUGCGUCCCUUCAGUUUUCUAAACUAUGAGCCUCCUCAGGGGACAGAAUUUUUUGAUGUAUGUUUACAACGUACACUGGAGCAAAAAGAUUUGUUGAGUCCUUCAUGCUUAAUGCAGAUUUGUUACAGUUUUGCUUUGGCAAAAUACUUUCCUAAAGAAUUGUUAAAGGCCGUAUUUAACAUCACAUUCUUGCGCCAGCUAGAUGCCCAGCUGAAGUCUUUUCCGCACGCUCAGAGUAUGAGUUUACGGCAUUAUCUUAUGGAACUGAAUCGUGCAGUUUGCAUUGAGCGCCCAGAAUAUCAGAUUCCAUGGUUCCAUGAACCAUAUUGUCAGCACAUGAAGAAGAAAGAGAUGACGUCUUGGAACCAGGUCAUUCAGGAAUUGUUGGAGGAAAUUCUUGGAGGAAAACAUUAUACUAAGGUCCUGGUAACAACACCGUUCUGUUAUUCUGUAGAUUUUGAAUUUGUGUUAGACAAGGAUAAAAAACCAAUUCCAUACCAGGAGCAGGACAGCGUCUCCGAUAAAGCAAUAAAGAUGUGUGAACGUGACGGUCAGUUACUAGAAGGAGCUCAAAGAUAUGCAGUGGAAAUGCUUGGUUUCAAGGCCUUCUGCAACAAUACACAUUUAAAAGGACAAUUUGCAAUGAAGAAAAGGCAUUUGGAGAUAUUAGGAUACCGUGUCAUUCAGAUUCCCAGUUAUGAAUGGAAAUCGCUGAUGCUGACAGAAAGAGACAACCAAUUCCAAUACCUCAGGAACAUGAUUCAUGCUGAUAAUUGAUGUUUUAUUGUCAUUUAGCAAAACAAAUAUAUAUAAAAUCUCUUAAGUGAAUAUUCUAGAGUUUGUUAUUGCCUCUUGGAUUAAUUACCAUGAUAUACAUUGUUAUAAUUAUAGAGA